CGAGAUCAGGUCACGUGGCGCUCGUGCCGCCUCGCGCCCCCUCCCUCAGCCGGCCCUGCCAUGGCGGCGCCAAGAGCCUGAGGGAGCGCCGAGGGACGUGACCGGCCCGGCCCCCAGUGCCCUCCCUUCCCUGCCCGUCCCUGCCCGUCCCUGCCGUGUGGUGCUCACAGCCCGCCCGCUGCCCAGCACUGACCGCGCCGUUCCUCUGCCCUCCCCGGUCGGCGGCUCCCGGCAAAUGGCGGCUCCGCUGUUCGCUCCUCGCCAGCCGCGUGAGAAACCCUCAGGGCUCGCUCUCCGUCAGGGUAUCGCACAGACAGUGCCCCUUGCCCGGAGCGAGCUCCCCGCCGCAGAGCCCUUUGCUGGGCUGUGCGGCGCCCGGCCAGGGGGAACGGCCCCGCCAGGGCUGCUCCUGAGGCCGUUCCCAGGCGCAGAGCGGGGCCGGGCUCGGAGCGUUCUCUGUGAGCACACUGAACUCAGGGUGAGCGUGGUCACAGGGCACGGCCCAGCCUGCCCGCUAAGGGAGCGCACCGGCACCGCGGGCUCUUGGCAGGGAUGCUGUAAGCCUCCGUGCCGCUGGAAAAAGCCCGUCGGACCAGUGCCGAUGGAUGCGAUCCUGAACUGCAACCCGGAGGAGCUGGAGGACUACUACAACUUGCUGGGAUGCGAUGAGCUAUCCACGGUUGAACAGAUUCUUGCCGAAUAUAAGAUUAAAGCCCUUGAAUGUCAUCCUGACAAGCAUCCUGGAAACCCCAAAGCAGUGGAGAAUUUCCAGAGGCUGCAGCAAGCCAAGGAGACUCUGACGAACGAGGAGAGCCGUGCGCGUUACGAUCACUGGCGCCGGAGCAAGGUCACUGUCCCGUUCCGGCAGUGGGAGGCGCUGAGCAGCUCGGUGAGAACGUCAAUGCACUGGGCUGUCCAAGGUAAGAAGGACCAAAUGCUGGAAGCUCCUGACUUUGGGAAUAUCAACAACACAACUAAGGAGAUGUGGAUGGGAAACAAUGGAGAUGGGCCGUUGGAAGGGAGCAGGGAGCAAGAAGAUGUUGCAAUUCCAGAUGUGAAACCACAGUCUGCAGAGGAUCCAGACUCCCCAAGAUUUUCAGAGGGGAAUUACUGGCACUUGCGUUUCCGCUGGUCAGGCGAUGCUCCAUCAGACCUUCUGAGGAAAUUCAGAAACUAUGAGAUCUAAAAUGAGAAACACACAGGAGCAUGAGAUCUUCUGUUCAACAGUUCAGUUGGGUUUUUUUGCCAGCAGUUAUAAGUUAUUGGUGUUUUGUAUUCUUUGAUUGUAAUGUGUUAUUCCAGUCGAUGUCCAAAUACUGAUUUAUCACACAUGCUGUGAGUGUUACAGAUGGAGGUUUUUCUGUUCAAUAAGCAAAGCCCUUUUCAGUAUUAACAUAAAGUGAUUUUGUGAAGUUAUCCAACAUCUUAUACAUAGUUUCUUGUAUUCUCAAAUAUUGUGUAGUGAUUAAGAUUUCUCUCAAUAGUGUGAUGUUAUCAAAACCAUACUCCCAGUAGAACCCUGGGCUCCAGGGUGUCGUACUCAGCGAGGAUCUUCCAAAAGCUCUGAGACAAUGAACUGUAAACAGAACUGUGCUUGUCUCUCACCUCUGUGCUCUGCUUCACUUCUCCUUUGCACUCUACUCACUGCAGUGAUUGUCAUGUACUCAUUACAACUUAGCUUGUAGGAGAUCUUGUUAUAGAUGAAAGAAGAAGGUUCUUGUUAUCCAAGGUCUCUGACGGAUCAAACACUCCUAAAAAUCACUGGUCUGCUACCUUAACAAGAACACUUUUUGCACCAGCUAUUUGUUUUGGAAGGCAGUUCCAGAACUUUACUUCUCCAGAUAGCAAUUUUUGUCUGAAGAUGUAUUGGUGGAAAACUGAUCCCCUGAGUGUGUGUGCCAGCAUUGUCCAGUGGCUUCACAGCAAUUGCCCUCCCUGCUCAGGUGUGCUAGACAUGGUUUCAUCAGGGCUUUGUACAGCAAGGCAUGAAAAAUCAGACUAGUCAGCACUCGUGUACAAAAUCUCACAUGAAAAGUUUUUGGUACUUUGGGCAACUUUUCAAAUUCUACGUUGUUGUUUAUUUAUUUUGUUUGUUUUCUUCACAAACAUGGCUAACAUGUUGAUGUGGUUUUGUGCAGGCAGAUAAUUCCAUCGGCAUCAAAUAAAACUUCAUGCAUACACAAAUGGGGUUGCUUUA